UCAUCUGUCAAUGUAAGGAUAGCAUCAUCUUCCCCAACACCAAUGUUGCUUCCUUUCUGCAACUUCCAUCCCAUAAACCCUUCUAAAACCCUCUUAAACCCCUCACCAUCACAUUCCCUCUUCUCUACUACACCCUCUUUUCCCCUAAAACCCUUCUUUCCUCGUAAUACCCUUCCUGUUUUCGCCAUCCCUGAUACUGAAGCUUUACCGGAAUCCGCCAUCCGAAGAAUCGCCGACAAGCUACGCAGUCUUGGAUUUGUUGAAGAACCCAAGAAUCAAGAAACCCAAGAAAAUGCUUUGAGUUCUAAUCCCACUGCUAACUCACCCGGUCAAAUUUUUGUUCCUUUGCCUACGCAACUACCCAAGUACCGUGUGGGUCACACACUUGACACUAGUUGGAGUACGCCUGAAAACCCAGUACCGCAGCCUGGUUUAGGGAACUCUAUACAGAAGUUUCAUGAAUUGAGGGAUGAGUUCUUGAAAGAGAAGGAGAAAGAGAGGUUAAAGAAUAAGGAGUAUAAGAAAGAGAGAGCACCAAGUUUGGCGGAGCUUACUUUACCAGCUGAGGAAUUGAGGAGGCUGAGGACAGUUGGGAUUGCGCUCAGGAAAAAGUUGAAGAUUGGAAAAGCUGGGAUUACCGAGGGGAUUGUGAAUGGUAUUCAUGAAAGAUGGAGACGUAUGGAGCUCGUUAAAAUUACGUGUGAGGACAUAUGUAGGUUGAAUAUGAAGAGGACUCAUGAGUUGUUAGAGAAGAAAACUGGAGGUCUUGUUAUCUGGAGAUCUGGAAGUAAUAUAAUUUUGUAUCGAGGAGCUGAUUACAAAUAUCCUUAUUUCUCUGAAAAUAGCUUUGAGAAUAACAGUGCACAAGAUGCUACCCCGGACUUGUUCAUGGGUACGGAAGAGCAUAUGACUAACUCAUCUGGCACAGAUGCGGUAAAAUCUGAUGCAUCGGACAGAAAAUCUCCUCCACGUGUAAUCCAGGGUGUAGGUUCUCCAGACAGAGUCCGAUUUGAAUUGCCUGGAGAGGCAGAACAUACUGAAGAAGCAGACAAGUUGCUGGAAGGACUUGGUCCUCGCUUUACCGAUUGGUGGGGUUGUGAGCCACUGCCUAUCGAUGCAGAUCUUUUGCCAGCUAUAGUCCCUGGGUACAAGAGACCUUUCCGUCUACUUCCUUAUGGAGUAAAACCUAAAUUGACAAAUGAUGAAAUGACAACACUGAGGAGACUUGGUCGACCUUUGCCUUGCCAUUUUGUAUUAGGGAGAAACAGAAAACUCCAAGGAUUGGCUGCUGCAAUUGUGAAGCUUUGGGAGAAAUGUGAAAUUGCAAAAGUUGCCGUCAAAAGAGGAGUUCAGAACACUAACAGUGAACUGAUGGCGGAAGAGCUUAAAUGGCUGACUGGAGGAACCUUGCUCUCGAGGGAUAGGGAAUUUAUUGUCUUCUACCGAGGGAAGGACUUCUUGCCCUCUGCAGUCUCUUCAGCAAUAGAAGAACGGAGAAAGCAAGUUUUUGAAGAGGAAAAACGGAAUGGUUUUAAUUCAUCAGUAGCAAAUGCUAAGGAAAGGAAACAAUCCACUACGGGAAGUGUUUCUGAUGAUGGACAUGCACGCAGAAAUAACCAGAAAGGUGUCCAAGAAAAAAAGAAACUUACUUCCAUGGAAGCUGCUAUCAAGAGAACUGCAGAUAAAUUAACCACUGCAUUGGAAAAGAAAGCCGAGGCAGAGAACCUCCUUCUGGAGCUUGAGGAGAAUGAGGUGCCACAACAAUCUGAUAUGGAUAAAGAGGGAAUAACUGAAGAAGAAAGAUUCAUGUUGAGGAAGAUUGGCUUGAGAAUGAAGCCUUUCUUACUUCUUGGUAGGCGGGGAGUCUUUGAUGGAACAGUCGAGAACAUGCACCUUCAUUGGAAGUAUAGGGAAUUGGUAAAGGUAAUAACCGGGAGGAAAACCAUUGAAGAGGUCCACCAAAUAGCUAGGUUGUUAGAGGCAGAGAGUGGGGGAAUACUAGUUGCUGUUGAGCUAGUUAAUAAGGGUCAUGCGAUCAUUGUGUACCGAGGAAAGAACUAUGAAAGGCCUGCUUCGUUGAGGCCUCAGACUCUUCUAAGUAAAAGAGAAGCAAUGAAGCGUUCUAUAGAGGCUCAGCGACGUCAGUCGUUGAAAUUACAUGUCUUAAAGCUUACACAAAAUAUAGAGGCUUUGCAGUCACGGUUGGCCAAAAAUGAGGAGAUGGUUCAUAUUCAGUCCCCGGAUAUAGUUGAUAGGCAGGUACCAGUGACGGGAAUAUCUGAUGCUGCAGGCGGAACUAAUUGCCAGUCUAGUUUAGCAAGUCCUACUGAGGAUUCUGGGGAUGCUGCCGAAGACACUGACCCCAGUUCUCAGAAAGAAUUAUCAAGUGAUUCCUCAGACACCGACCACAAUUCUCAGCAAGAAUUUCCAAUUGAUCCUUUUUUCCAAUAUGAGGGCAAGGUUGAGGCUGUGGGUGAUACAAUUCAACCUCAGCAUCAAUCUAUUUCAUCAAUCAAAGAGUCGAAAAGUAUGUUCAAUGUGAAUGUGGAUCAAAAAACAUUUGGCAGUGCAGUGAGUGAAUCUGUUUCUAAGUCUUCCAGGGGAGAAGUUAAGAUCCACUUUUCUGAGACCAGAAGUUUCAACAAACCUCGGGAAGUUAACAAUAAAAAGGAGGUGUCUCAACUUCCUUCUGUAAAACCUCAACAAGCACUUAGAUCCACCCGGAGUAGGUCCGAAGGGAUGCCUACCAGAAAAGUACAGCUUUCCAACAGGGAGAGGUUGCUUCUCAGAAAACAAGCCCUCAAGAUGAAGAAGCAACCAGUGCUUGCUGUUGGGAGGAGCAAUAUUGUUACUGGAGUUGCAAAAAAUAUCAAAGAACACUUCAAGAAGUAUCCUCUUGCGAUUGUGAAUGUCAAAGGAAGGGCAAAAGGGACUUCAGUUAGGGAGGUGGUUUUUAAGCUGGAGCAAGCUACAGGUGCUGUUCUUGUUUCUCAAGAGCCAAGCAAAGUCAUAUUGUAUAGAGGUUGGGGACCAGGUGGAGAGCGUGCUUCUUCUAAUGGAAGUGACACCAGAAAUUCGAGAAACAGCAGAGAGCACAAGGAACUGAUGUCAAUAUCUCCUGAGCUUAUAUCAGCAAUCAGACUUGAAUGUGGCUUGCAGUCCAACCAUGAUAUGGAGGUUGCUUCAUAGGCAACAAGAAGUUGCCAACUGGUUUUGUCAGGGUCAAAGCCUUGAGCUCUCGUCUAACAACCCUUUCGUGCCCCCGAUGAUGGUCUCUGAAUUGUCUUUGCAUGCAUCUGACAAUUGCUUUUCUGGUGUGGAGUUGGAAUCUAAAUUGUGCAUCACCUCUCCAAUACAAAUGAAAGGGAAUCGGCUCCCACCGAGCCUCUCUCCUUGCAGAAUUUCAGUAACUGGAAUAAGUUCCACAUGAUAAUUCCUGUCUCAUGGUCAUUGUGCAUCAACUGGAGAGAUUCUGGGAUGAAACCUAUAACUGUAUGUCAGUUAAGUGGCGCUGCUAAUUUAAUUGUUUUCGAACAAGCUCCAUCUUUUUUUUUUUAUUUCAGAUAGGCGCUAUCAGUUCUCAAUUAUCCCUAGUUGCUGACCUACAUUUUAUGUAAAUAGAAGUUUCAAUAGAACGCAUCUGUUACCAUGUCA